AUGGUGCUCCUCACGAUGACGCCCUCCAUAGUGGAGGGCUUGAAGCGACUGGGAGCCAAUGCACACUCGGCGGACAGCGCGCAGGGCACAUUCCUUGUUGAAGAGGGCGAACCCGAUCUCAGCUCACCAGACGUCGCGAAACCAAUCUCCCACGUCCAAAUCCUGCGCCUCGCGGCCGCUUUGGACGCGCUUCAUGUACCGGAGCCGGCCGCCACCGUUACCACACUCGAGACGCUCCUGGUCGGUGCCCGCGUCCAUGUACCGCCGCCACCGCCGAAAACCGAACCGUCUGCCGAAUACAAGGCCCUGAUGGCCCGCCUUCGCCGCGACGAACAGGCCCGUGCCUACGAACGCAUGGUCAACCCACCCGACGCCUACGACACCUCCACCUUUGCGCAGGUGCACCGCCCCGUCUACGCGUCUGACACCGGCGACGACGGCGUGACGCUCAGUGACGUCAACCGCCAGGUCAUGCUCAUCUUCAACUUUGUGCUGACCAUGGCCGGCGUGGCAUAUGCGCUGUGGAUGCUGGCGCGGUGGUGGCCGACGCCGUCGCGACUGUUUUUGGCCAUGGGCGGCAGCAUGGCCACGGGGCUUGUCGAGUACGGCUUGUAUGCGGGCUACGUGUGGCAUCUGGCCGACGCAGCACGGCGGGAGAAGAAUGCACCAAAGGAGGUGCGCGAGGUGGUGAACACAUGGGCUGUUGGGCCGGGCGGGAAGGGCAACACGGACAGCCCGCAGACAGAGAAGGAGACGACAAGAACGCACGACACAACGAGCCACCAGGACGUGCUAUUGUCGGGGACGACAGGAGCAACUGGAUUCGAUAGCACGCAGGCACGGCGACGGAAACAAGACAGAGCGCCAGCAUCGUAA